AUGAGCAAGCCCGAGGAGCUGGAGCUGCGACGGGAGGCCCGGGACCCCCAGAUCCACCCGAGGGACCCUCAUCCCCAGACCCACCACCACCAGCACCCUCACUCUCCGGACCCUCAAACCCGCCUCGGAGAUCCCCAGACCCAACCCUGGGACCCCCAGGACCCACACCCCCACCCCCUGGGCCAUCACCCACUGUGCCCAUGUCCCCUGGACCCCUACCUGCGGGACCCCAUUCCCCGAGACACCUGUCGCCACCUCCACCCCAGGGAGCCCCAUGCCCAGCCCCGCUCGUUCCUGGUCAGCCUGCGGACCCUGUUCGACAUCCUGGACCAGGAGGGUCGGGGGUCGGUCGAGCUGCGGGAGAUUGAGAGCCGCUGGACGGGGGAAGGGCGGAGGGAGGCGGCACUGCCCGCCGGGUUGAUGGCCUGCCUCCGGAGAGCAGCUGCACCGUCCGGGAGGCUCACCUUCCCCCGGCUCCUGGCCGGGAUCAGGGCAGCCCUGCAGCAGGAAGCCUGCAACCCGGAGCCGGACAGUGUCCCGGGCAGCCCUCGGUACCAACAGCCCGGGGGGACCCAGAGAGAAACACCAGCAGCAAGCAACAGGAGCUGGGCAACAGCAGCAACAGAUUGCAAGGGCCUGGGGGCUGGCGCCACCUCCUUGGGCCUGGGGUCUGAUGCCACCUCCUUGGGCCUGGGAACCCCAAAGAGGAGCAGCCAGGAAGACAAGGACCUCAGGCACUGCACUAUUGCCGACAGCAGCGAUAGUAUCAUGCUGAAGGAGCUGGAAUGCCAACGGGAUGCCCUCUUGCAUGGCCUGGAGGUGGUGGAGUGGGCACGGGACUGGUACCAUCAGCAGAUCCAUGCCCUGCACCAGAGGCAGAAGCAUGUCAGGCGAGUCUUUGGGAACAAGGGCACUCCCACUCAACCCGAAACCAGUUUGGUGAACAUCUAUGGCAGAAGUUCCCUUCCUGAGGAUCAACUUACCCAACCCCCCCAGGACCAAGCCUGCAGGCUAUUGGCCAAGAUCCAGGAAGUGAACUGCUGCCUUGGCGAACUCAUUUGCUCCUCUGGGAAGGUGCCAUUCUCUGCCCCUCGGCUGAACGGCUUUGGAUCCCCCCCGAGAGGACAGCCAUUCCAACAGCAGUCUGUCAGCUCGCUGAGAGAGCAGAACCACCUACUGACCAAGGAGCUGUCAUCCAAGCGUGAGCGCAUUGCCAUCUUAGAGCAGGACAAAGCUUCUCUGGUCAAGCAGCUGGCUGAGGCCCGAGAACAAGGCCAGCCAGCCGUCCUUAUCCACACUGGGGAAGUGAAGGCACGCCACGAAGCUCUCCUGUAAACAGGGCCACCCGAGUGACAGUGCAUUGCAACGGGCUGGCCAGGAGUUUGCUCCGUUCCGCUGCAUUUUCGGUUCGAAAAAAAUGGGUGGAAGUUUGUGCCAUGAUCAAGAACUAAACCAUUACCCCCAAGCAAUUUUCCAUCUUUUACAGAGAACCAAUAGUAAAUGGAUUGUUGACAUUACCUCACAAUUUUUGACCUGAGGAACACCACAGCACUAAUCCUUUCUGGCUAUUUAUGAGUCCAAUUAUUUAUUUCUGUAUUUAUAUAAAUUAUUGUCAAUGUUUUUUGUCUGUCCCCACUUUGUCACAUCUAACAUUUCCCCCAAGAGACUAU